AUGUCAGACGAUACGGGCGUUGAUGUCGGCCAGCUGUCUGCGGACCAGCAGGCAGCGCUCGAGCAGUAUACAGCAGUUACAGCACAAGACAUCAAGGACGCAGUGCCGUUGCUGCAGAGGUCACAAUGGAAUGUUCAAAUCGCCAUAGCCAAGUUCUUCGACGGCGAAGGGCCCGACCCCGUCGCCGAGGCCAUGGCCGCGCAAGACGCCAUACCGGCCCCUACGGCAGCACGACACGAGAACCUCCAAGAGUCACUUCUCGCCGACUCCUCGCCCUUCGGCCAGCCUAUCCGUCGCGACCGGCCUAAUCCUGCACCCCGAGUCGUGCCCUCGCCCAUUACGACCCAUCGCCCGCCCUUCCUUCUCUCCAUAAUCUUCACCCCACUCAACUUCGGCUACCGCGCCGUGUCCACCCUCUUCCGCACCUUUCUCUACAUACUCUCGUUUCUGCCUGCGCCGAUCCGCCCGCGGGCCAUCACCACCAGCGUGACCUCGGGAUGGAGGGGCACCUCGGGCCGCCGCAUGCUGCUGCCACGCGACACGGCCGCCCGCUUCAAGCGAGAGUUCGAGGAGGAGUACGGCCCCGAGACGGGACUCCCUUUCGCUGAGAGCGGCUUUGCGCAGGCUCUCGACGCCGCCAAGAAGGAUCUCAAGUUCCUGCUCAUCGUGCUGAUGUCACCGGAGCACGACGACACCGAGUCCUUUACGCGGGAGACCUUGCUCUCCCCCGAAGUUAAGGCCUUCAUUGCAGACCCGGCCAACAACAUCAUCCUGUGGGGCGGUAAUGUGCUCGACUCGGAGGCGUACCAGGUGGCCGCCGAGUACAACGCGACGAAGUUCCCCAUGUCGUGCCUCGUGUGCUUGACGCCCAAGGAAGGGUCCACCCGCAUGAGCAUCGUCAAGCGCCUCGUGGGGCCCGUCUCCAGCUCGACCUACCUGGCCGAGAUCCAGACGGCUAUCAACAAGUACAGCCCCGACCUCGCGGCCGUGCGCGCCGAGCGGACGGUGCAGGAGGCCUCGCGGAACAUGCGCGCCGAGCAGGACGACGCCUACGAGCGGAGCCUGGCCCGCGACCGGGAGCGGGCCCGGCAGCGGCGCGAGGCCGAGGCCGCCGCCCAGGCGGCCGAGAAGCGCGCGGCGGAGGAGGCGGCCGCUGCGGAGCGCCGCGCCGAGCUGAGGCAGCAGUGGCGGAGGUGGCGCGCAACCACGAUCGCGACCGAGCCCGAGGCCAGCGUCAAGGACGCCGUGCGCCUCGCGCUCAAGAUGCCCGAGGGGUCCGGGGCCGGGCGCGUCGUGCGGCGGUUCGCCGGCUCAACCACCCUCGAGGACCUGUACGCCUUCGUGGAGUGCUACGACCUGGCCGGGCUCGUGGACGAGAAGGCGCUCGAGCCCGAGGGCUACGAGCACGAGUACGCCUUCCGCAUCGCGGGCCUGAUGCCCCGGGUCGUGUACGAGCCGGACGGCGGUGUCACGUUGGGGGAGAAGAUUGGCCGGGGCGGCAAUCUGAUUGUGGAAGAGAUGGCGCUGGACGAGGAAGAGGCCGAAGAGGCGGACGAGGAGGCAUGA